AAUACAAAAAGUCUUUAUUAUUUUGUUUUCGUUUUUCUUUUCUUUUCAUAAGCCUUAAUUGAUGUCGCCGCUGAUGUCUCUCGCCAUAAAACUCUUCAUCGUUUUCUUGUUGACCGAAUCUUCCAUGGCAAAACAUGUACAAGAUCAUAAUGUCAGCAAAAAUCAAAAUAUGUCAGAGUCAGACAUUGACUAUUCUAGUUUUUUCAAACAGAUGAUUGAAGGAUGGCUACGUGAAGCAGAUACAAAGUAUCCUUUUCGACCAAAAGCAAUGAGAACAGGCAAAGCUCAAGCUUAUGUUCGGGAAUGGAACAACUGGAAGCCAUACCGUAACUUGGUGAACAAGAUAGAUGUUUUGUGGCCAAACGUUGAUUAUGAAUGUCCUCCAUAUGAAGCUACAAAUCUGUUGACCUACAUGUUACAUGGCCUGAGUCGUCGUAACAACAUACUUCGAUUCCUUAAGUAAUUGUUAUUUAUUUUCCUAAUUAUUCUGCCUAGCUAGUAGAGGACUUUUGGCUAGUUUAUUAAUUUUUGUUUCUAUUUAUUUAUUUUAUUUCCGAAUCUAAUAAAAAAUAUAAAUUGUUUA